GCGGAACUGGCUGGAGUCCGGAACCCAGGGCGCGUGCUCGGCGUGGAGGCAGCCCAGCGCUCACCACGCCCCCGCCCCGCCCUACCCGUCCCUCGACACGCCCCCGGGCGCCUGUCGCCCGCCCCCCGCCACCCUUGUUCCGGGACCCCUGGCAGCAGCUCCCAGACCCCCACGCGGCGGGAGCGAUCUGGGAUAGCCCGAACUCCCUGUUAGCCUGAGGAAGCCGGAAGAGACCGGGCAGCGGGGGAAAGCAGCAGAGCGUGGCGGAGCCCUCCCUGCACGCCCGGGGAGACCAGGGGGAUAGAGGGAGCGAGGCUGAGCUAGCGAGGGAGCGCGGGUUAGGUGAGCUUGGGUGCGACUUGAGCUCGGGACUGGUGGGCCAGGCCCCCGCGCCGGCGUCACACCCGGCCCGAAGAAGACCGGCGGACGCAUGGCCUCGUCAUUCCUGCCCUCGGGGGCCACCACGGGCGACAGUGGCGGAGAGCUGAGCUCGGGGGACGACUCCGGGGAUGUGGAAUCCCUCCAGAGCCCGGAGAUCGAGGCAUCCAGGAGCCUGGCAGAGCUGUUUGAGAAGGCUGCAGCGCAUCUCCAAGGCCUGGUGCACGUGGCCAGCAGGGAGCAGCUCUUGUACCUGUAUGCCAGGUACAAGCAGGUCAAAGUUGGAAAUUGCAAUACACCUAAACCAGGCUUCUUUGACUUUGAAGGAAAGCAAAAAUGGGAAGCAUGGAAAGCGCUUGGUGAUUCAAGCCCCAGCCAAGCAAUGCAAGAAUAUAUUGCUGUCGUUAAAAAAUUAGAUCCAAGUUGGAAUCCUCAGUCACCAGAGAAGAAAGGAAAAGAAGCAAAUACGGGUUUUGGUGGGCCAGUUGUUAGUUCUCUGUAUCACGAAGAAAUCAUCAGGGAAGAAGACAAAGACAUAUUUGAUUACUGCAGGGAAAACAACAUUGACCAUAUAACCAAAGUCAUCAAAACAAAAAACAUGGAUGUGAAUAUGAAGGAUGCAGAGGGCAGAACUCUACUCCAUUGGGCUUGUGAUCGAGGACAUAAGGAACUAGUCACAGUCUUGCUACAAUAUAGAGCUGAUAUUAACUAUCAGGCUGAUUCUUUACCACUGAGCCACCUGGGAAGCCCACCAGUCAGAAUGGCCACCAUCAAAAAAUCUACAAAUAAUAAAUCCUGGAGAGGAUGCAGAGGAAAAGACAACAUUCCUACACUGUUGGACAAUGAAGGUCAAACAGCUCUACAUUAUGCUGCUGCCUGUGAGUUUCUGGACAUUGUGGAGCUGCUGCUCCAGUCCGGGGCCGACCCCACACUCCGAGACCAGGACGGCUGCCUGCCAGAGGAGGUGACAGGGUGCAAAGCAGUUACUUUGAUGUUACAGCAGCACACGACAGGCAAGGCUUAAUCAAAAGACUGGAAAACUACAGUCGACAACAGCACAGGGCUCCAGUGGUGAAAGAAAACUGCAAAGAUGACACGUCUUUUGCCGUCCAUCUUUGGUAUAUGUUGGCUAAUAAAAUCAGUUGUGAGGAACUGGAAUUUUGAAGUCUCAGCAGUUCAUUCUACUUGCAUACAUUCUGGCGAGUUCCGUUUUGGUGAUGAACAUGUGUACUGUGCAUAAUACAAUCCAGUUCCGCUGAGCGUGCUCUGAAAUUUAUCACUGUCCUAGAGGCUGGGAGAGGAGGAGAUGUGUCGUAUUUCACAACAUUAAACAUGGCUUCUCUUUAAAAAAACAUACAGAAGGGAAGUAGACCCAGCAGUACUACACUGACAAUUAGAGAAAGUUCCAUGAAAUCACAAUAUUGGCAUGGAGCUCAGACAGUUCCUGGCAUUUGGUACAGUUGGUCUGAAUAAGUAGCUAAAGUGUCUAUUCUUUUGUUAGGCAGAAUUGGAAAGCUAAAACAACCAGAUUCACUGAAAACCUAAGAAUCGUGGGCAUUUUAGGAUGGAAACACAGAUUCUGAACAAUUCACAGGUUAGGUCAGGAUUCCUUAAAUUCACCUUCACAAAACAGGGAGGAACAUCCCCCAAGCCCUUUUCACUGGCUGUAAUGUUCCUGUUGCAUAUGACAGCAAUCUCUAUAACUAGCUCAGGCCUCAACUAUUAGGCCUGUUGGGGUCUAACAUGAAAUAGCCAUAAUGCUCCAAUACUUAGGUGUGAUUGAAGUUAUGUCUGGAAAGCUUCUAUUUUUUAUUAAAAACAUAAACAACUACACCACAGAUUUUAUUUAAAGGACAGACAAGUGUGCCACUGUUGAAACUGGAUCCCCUUUAAGCCUCAAGAACUCCAUCUGGGGAGCUCCUUAACAUUUCUUAUUAUAUAAAGAAAGUAUAGAUAGUUGUCAGAGGAAGAGAAAUGAAGAAGCAAGUUGAGACGCAGAGAUGACCAUUUAAAAGAUCAUUUUUCUAACAUAUCACUCCUAAGAUAACAAGGAAUAAACUUGCUUAGUGGUGCCCUCAGCAAUGGACAAGAGUUGCGUUAGCUCAACCAGCCCCUCCAGAGUAGAAAUGAGGCAUAUUAAAUAAGGCUGCUUAUUUUGUAAUUUUUCUGAUCUCUAAUUUUCUGAGAUGUAAACCAAAACCAUUCACCAAGAUUAUUCAUUUUUAAAAUGACUUCUUAAUUAUCUGUGGAAGAGAUAUGCACGUUAGUACAUCCUGAAAUGUUACUGUAAUUCUAGCAGAGCAUUCUCUUUGUUAUCUCUUCUUUUCCCACAAUCCCAGCUACAUGGCAACCUCCUGUUCAGCUAACCUCAUUUUCCACAUUAAUUGAAUGUGUUUUAAGAAACAUUAUUCAUUAUUUACAGUAAAAGCGACCAAGACGUUGCAUACAGCUUUUAACUGAUAGUACUUUGUGCAUUUUUAGGACAUUAGCAAAUCAAAAAGUGUUCAUUCAUUUCCGAUUUACAGAGUAGUUAUCUGAGCAAGAGGCUAUCAAGAAACUCCUUUUUUCAUCUCUUUUUUGUAAUUCAACCUUGAUAUUUCUUAGACAAGUGUUUAAUAAGCUAUUUUGCCACAUCUAAAACUAUAUAGUUGUUUUUAAAUAAAGAAUGUAAUUUGGCUUUUAUUACUUUGAUUUUACAGGUUUCAAAUUUGCACUGAAAGCUAUCACUAAAAACAGUCAUCAACUUAACAUUUUCAAGUACAUUCUAAAAUCAGUUUCCAGAUGGAAACCCAUGGCUGAUUCAUGUCAAUGUAUGGCAAAAACCACUACAAUAUUGUAAUUAGCCUCCAACUAAUAAAAAUAACUGGGAAAAUAAAAUAAAAUCAGUUUCCAAAAUC